AAACAAUGUCAACAUUUCAACAAGAUGGUUUGAAAAUAUCCGUUGCACCGGUUGCGUGUUAUGUUUUAAGAUUGUUGUGAAUAGAUUUGACGAAAUAUUCAACAGUUUUGCGUAUUUAUAACACUAGUACGGUAAAGUACCAUGAUGACGAAUACUAAACAAGUAAAAAUCACGAAACUGUUUCGGAAAGGAGCGACAAAGUUACCAGAAGACUGCGAUGAGUUGCAGGAAGAGGUACAACAGUUAGAAUUAAAGCUAAAAGAGAAACAAGACGAACUGUUUCAGUUGCAGAGGAACAGUUACAGGCACAAAGCUUCACCACCAAAGAGAAAACCCGAAGUCUUUACUAGGCCACAAAAAAUUGUUUUAUCAAAUGCCCUAGACAGGUUGGGUAUCAACUUGGAGCUGAUGUCGGUACUGACAGGCAUUGAGGUCCAGUCAUAUGUGCUGCAGGAUCACUGCUGCAUCACCUAUCAUAUGCAGCAUGAUACACCGCUGCAGAUCAAGCAUGGGCUGAGGAUUGACUUGAAGUCUGGUAUUAAUGAAGUAUCAAAAUCAUCUCUGCCCUUGGGCUUCAACCUGGAUGCAGUAAUGGAAGACUUUGACAACAUCAUGCUGCCGGAGUGUCUUGGUGCCAUCAGGAAGGCUCUGGUUGCAUAUUAUAAUAGACUUGAACAGUUUGAAGCUCUCAAAAAAAUGUUAAACAUCGAAGCCCAACUCUUCAAGAUCUUGGAUGGUUCUCAUAUAGAGGUGUCAUUUGUGGCAAAGAAUGAGAUGGAUGAGGAUGCAGAACCAUUUGACAUAGUCCUUAUGUUGGACUACAGGGUCUAUGAUAUAAGGCCAAAGCAGUUCUCCUUCAAAGAAAUUGACCUACCUGAUGGUGCAGCUGAUGUGUUAAGAGAACAAUGUGUGCUGUUUAAAAGGAAACCACUGCCCAAGGCGUUCAGAGAAGCCUUCAUCGAUGGAGCAGGGCUUUACAAACUUGUGGAACAGCUCCAGGUAGGCACCCGGCCGGCAGAGGCCCCGCGACGGCGCAACAAGCGCUUCAAACCGAACAAACACAACUACAACAACGAUGACACCUUCCUACCUGAAGACUGCUCAGAGCACAGCGAUAUUGAGGCCGAGUGAUUAUAAUAUUACCUGUUAGUGAAACUUGCUGUUUGUAAAAAAAUGUUUUUGUUAAGCUAUAGUGUAACAAUUGUAGUGAAUGAAGUAGUGUUUAACAAG